UGAAGUGUUAAAAAAACGUUUCACUGAUGUUAAAAUUUGAUUUCAAAAUAUUUGAUAUUCAUGAAUAUUGUGAUAUUCAAUUUGAAAUUCAAUUUGGAAAAAAAAGUAUCCGGAGAAGCCUAAUAUUGGGUUUUGUCAAAAUUAUUUUGUUGUCCGUUUAGGGAGGUGUUUACAAAUGUUAAAAGUUAAAAACCAGAACACUAAUCAUCCCCUCUAGGAACCUUUUGGGAUUUCACAUCCUCUUAGUAUGGGUAGUAGUGUAAUAUUUAUUAUCAUGUAUUAAUUUUUUUUACUUGUCUAUGGGUAUAUUUAUGGCUUGGCUCUGUAAUACAUUAUAUACAGAUUGUGCAUUUUAGAGUUACAGUUAUUCUGUAAAGUGUACAAUAACACACUGAACAUAAUUAGUUGAUGAGUAUCCUGUACAAUAAAGAAGAAUGACUGCAGAGGAAUUGCAAAAAGCCAUCUUACCUGCUUUGUGUUGCAAAUUUAAUGACUAGUGCUUUAUGAGAUUUUUACAUGAGCCCCUUCUCAAAUCCUUUUCAUUCCCGUUGAGACUGGAAUAUUAGUUGGGUUUAGCCAUGACGAGGUGUGACUGAAUGGAACCACACAUGGAGAUGAACUGUAGCAGAGCUAGAUUGUUAGAUGGCUUUUUGCAAUUCCAGGGGCGGAGGAGAAGCUGCUGGAGGCUGCCACGCCGGAGCAGGGUGGAAGCAUGGCUAGCAGAGGCCAAGCAGAGGGGGGCCACAAGCGGCACUCGGUCCCUGAGGGUGCCGGCCAUCAGAGCGGGGGCAAGAAGGUGCGACAGGAAGAAGCUGCGCCCCAGGAGUACGAAGUGGAGCGCAUCGUGGAUCACACAGUGGUGGAUGGCAAGGUUCAUUUCUUGGUCAAGUGGAAGGGCUGGGACCACAAGGACAACACAUGGGAGCCAGAGGAGCAUCUGCAAGGCUGUGAGGGACGCCUGUUCUGGUACUUUCGAAGCCUGCGUGGGGCCAAGUCCUUGCUACGCCUUGACGCAGACUCUGACCAGGUGUUUGAGAAGUUCAAACACGAGUUCAUAAAACCAACCCGUGAUGACCUGGAUGUGCUCUUGAAAGAGUUCUGGGGGAAGAAUGGGGGGCUGAAGUUGGAGGUGCCCUCGGAAAAUGAGACGAAGAAAAAUUUUGUGGCCCUGCUACGGAUACCGCAGGAAAUGAGACCUCGGAUUCUGGUGGACCUAGUGAGACGGCAGCUUUUACUUCGCGAGCUGGCAGCGAUGCGUGUCCAGCAGCGAGAGCUUCUAGAUCAGUGGGAAUACGAAAUGAACACUAUAACUAAGAAUGAGGCACCUAUUAAGGUUGAAAACAAUGUAGACCUGGAAGGACCACCAGAAGAGUUUACCUACAUCACAGAUUACCUCCCAGGGGAGGGUAUCUCUAUCCCAGAGGACCCUCCCAUUGGCUGCAGCUGCCUCAAGUGUGAGCGGAGAACCAGGACUUGCUGUGGUCACCUGUCCAACAGCGUGUUUGCUUACACUCAAGAUCGACGUCUGAUGGUGCCUCUGGGCACACCUAUCUAUGAGUGCAACAAGCGCUGCAAGUGCAAAGGGAGCUGCCCCAACCGUGUGGUGCAGAAUGGGCGCAAGACCAAGCUGGCCAUUUUCCGCACAAGAAAUGGUUGUGGUUGGGGUGUAAAGGCUCUUCAAAGCAUUAAGACUGGUACCUUCGUGUGUGAAUACGUUGGUGAGGUGAUCAGCAACGAGGAGGCAGAGCGGCGGGGGAAAGUGUACGACGUCGAGGGUCGUACUUACCUCUUUGAUCUUGACUACAACGACACGGAGCAAGUACCCUACACUGUAGAUGCCGCUGUAUAUGGCAACGUCUCACAUUUCAUCAACCACUCGUGCAACCCAAACUUGGCUGUCUUUGCGGUCUGGAUCAACUGCCUCGACCCAAAUCUUCCUAAACUUGCGCUGUUUUCGACUCGCCACAUCAAAGAAGGAGAUGAAAUCACCUUUGAUUACAGCCGACCAAAGAUGGACGUCACUUCCGUCCUACAACCAGAGAUCUCGAAAGAACAGCCUGCACCAGAGGUCGCCUACUCUCCGUACCGCUCCCCGUCCCGACCACGGGUGAUGAUGCCCACUCUCGACAAUGAGGGGGCCCUUCCUGAAGGCACACAGACCUCCAAUUACCGCAUGCAAUGUCGGUGUAAUGCAAAUAAUUGCCGCAAGUAUCUAUUUUGAUUCGAAGCUGAGUUUAAUCCUGUUUUCUGCAUUCAUGAUGUUACGUAGCUUUUCAGUAUUCUUUUUUAAAGGGUGCAGACUUGGCUGAGUGGAAUUUAUAGAUAUGAAUGUAAUUUAAUAUGGAUCCUAAAUCCACUGAGCGGAUUUGUGUGUUGAUGCUCACUGCCAAAAACUUAUAGAUUUGUUAAAUAAUGCACUCUUUGUAAACAAACACUAAACAAAUUGAGGUGUAUUAUAUUAUGUUCAGUGCUAAGAGGUGUUUUUUUUUUUUUUAAUGAAGACAUAUUGGCAGAGAAUGAACAGGAUGUAAAAGGCUCGUAACUGUGUGUUCAAAAGAUUUAGACACUGAUUCUUUUGUGAAAACUGUUUAGAUUAGUCAUUUGGGUGUUUUUUUUAUCGCUAUAUGUUAAUUUUUUAUUGUAAAUUUAAAUUUUUUAGGAAUGUACUAUUUAAAAAAAUUUAUUCUGUUAGUUUUUAUAAGGUUGCUUUACAGUUAUGAUGCAUAUAAACUUGCUUGUGAAUUUAUGUUCAAUUUUUGUUGGAUUUUCUGCACUGCAGGUUAUUCAGGAUGUCUUUGAAGUGAAGCCAAUAUUUAAUGAAGGGUGGAGGUUUGUCAGUGUUAGUAUUUUGUUGUAAUGAAUGGAUGGUCUCAGAAGCAUUUGCAUGGUGCUAAACAAAAAAAAUGCAAAUAUAAAUAAUAUUCAAAGUAGGUAUUAACUAUACUUCUUAAAAAUUGUAUAAAGCAAUAUUUUCAGUAGUGGGAUACUCUCCACGCAUUGCACCACGAUAACGUAUCACAUGUUGCUGCGCCGUGGUUUCCACACCCGUUACCACAAUCCUUGGUACAAGCUCUGCUUCUCUGUUCACUGUAGUCCCCUACACAAGUAACUUCACAUGCCCCGUGUAGGGAAAUACGACUGUUGUCAUGUUUGGGAGCUUCGGCGGCCACCGAAUGGGCCCACAGCGACCGUUCCAUGGAUCUGGAACCCUUUCACUCAAGGAAUUCCUAGCAGCAUGUGCAAAGUAGGAAAGGGGUCAUCAUGCUGGAACCACAUCGUGCUUAGUGAUUGGAGAGGAAGGUCCUCUUACAAUUCUAAAGGCCUGGAAAAGGAGGGGAGAAUAGGUGUAGGUUCUCUGUCAUGGGCCCAAAGAUUCAGAAGGUUGUUUUUUUUUUUUUGUUUUUUUUUUUUUAUGAUGAUUGUUUGUAAGUUUUACCAGUUUUACAAGUAUUUGGUGCUGACUUUAUGCAAGUAAUGUAAGUAAAUUUUUAUGCAGUUCAUGUUGUCAUGAAAUUGAUUAGCAGAUUUCAGUUAUAACUUGGAUGAAUAGUUGGUUCCAUCUUCUGUUCUUUGCCUGGGCCCUGAGAAACCUGUGGAUGGGCCUGUUGCAAGUUAUUACGAACGGGCAUUUCACAUAGAUUUUCAAAAGUUGUUACAUAUAUCAAGUACUGAGCAACGCCCUGCAUAACUGACUGGGCCAACAAGUUACAGUGGACUGAACAAACCACAUUAUUACAAAUGCAUAAAAAUCCUGUCACAAAACAUAUGGCCGGUUGCAGACUUUGUCUAGUUGGCUCUCGAUGGCUAAGGAUUGUCCUUGAAAGUUCAUCUAUCAGGUCUUCCCAGAUAAAAAUGCCUUCCUAUUGGCUGUAUAAAAUAUCUUUACAGAAAAAAACUUUGGGAUUCUCUGGGAAAAAAGUCAUUCCAACAGGUCUCAACUAUCACUUCUCUCUCUAACAGCUGCACCAAUCUUUCUCUCAGCUCUUUUUUUAUUCAAACAAAUGAGGGCGGACGUUUCUGAAAUUUGCUGGGUAUUAACCAAAAUCUCUGUAAUAAGUUAACUCGAACAUUAACCAAGAAUAAAACCUAAAACCAUCCUUAUCCUUGGUGCCUUGCUCAAAUGAUCAUAAAUCAGCAUUAAAUUUACACUGUAAAUAGCAGCAGAGAUUAAAUUUAAACUACGAACUGUGGUUCUUAAAGGGGUUCGUUUUAGAGUGCUUUUAAAAUUCACAUUUAUUUUCAACAUGCUUUAUAUAGUUUCAAAUUGUUACGGAAAUCUGUAAGAAUGUUAACAUAUUGGCUUUUAAAAUGUUCGUACCUGAGUAUACAGGUCAUCUCUUUAGUAUACACUAGAAUGCCACAAAAACAUUAAUAAGCCUUAAAGAAAUCACACUAAAAUCCUUAAUGCCUUAUGUUUGUUAGGCUGAACACAUCCCAACAAGGACUUAGGAACAGGUGGGGGUGUGAAAUAAAACAGCAAAUCCCGAAAAGUUACAUUAUUAUAUUCAACAAAGGUUUCACACAAUAUAUUCAAUAUAAUCAUUUUGAUUGCACAGAAAGUCUUGCAACAGUUUAUUCUCUUCAUGCAAUCCGCCUGCCAACUGAACAGGUUUGGGAUUAAUAUAAAGAGUAAUCAUACAAAAUUAUACAAAGUUUAAAAAUAGAUAUGUUACACUUUAGAAAACUAGUUUGAUCGUGGUUGAGAGCCCAAACAUGAAAGAGGAGUUACUCGCUUCAUACUAGAGGUGGGUUGUUACAGCAAUUUUCGGUAUCUGUUACAACCAGUUCCUGAUACAUUAAUGUACUGGUUACAAGUAGCUGAUACUUCUGUAUCAGCUACAGCAGUAGCGGUCCCAGGAAGUAACAAGGUAUCAGCAUUCUCGUUACAGGUUACACAUCUUCUGUGCCGUCAUCACCAGCAUAAAAAGGUAUCAGUUUUCUCAUUCUACAUUCUUCAUAGUCGUAAAAAGAUAUCAGUUUUCUCAUUCUACAUUCUUUGUAGUCGAAAAAAGGUAUCAGAUUCUCUUUCCACGCCUUUCAUAAUCGGAGUCUUCAAUCUUUGCCAGGAGCACGCACUGCGCACUGAGCGUACUUUGAUGAGAAGCCUAAGAUGUACAUCAAGCUCUGUCCCUGCCCGAACACGCCCCAAUAUUCACCUUCGGCCAACCUCGGGACUUGUUUUAUUUUUGCGCAGGAAAAAUUAAUUCAAAUAUUAAAAGUGGUCGGUUAGAUUAGCUACAUUAAAACACUUUAGAACACUAUGGACGGUUAGUUAGGUUAGUAUAGCUACAUUAAAAUAAACAGAGAAUUAUAAAUAUAUAUAAAUAAACCCGAGGUUGGCCAAAGGUGAAUAUUCGGACGUGUUCGGGCAGGGACAGAACUUGAUGUACAUCUUAGGCUUCCCCCUCCCCUACAUUAUUUCCCUUCUUUAUCCCUUAUUCGUCGUGCCGCUCCCUCCCCUUUCACAAGCUCCGCCCAAGUGACUGUCAUCUGCGAUCGGGUUCUGCGCACAUUGGCCGUGGUGUUGUUCCAGGUGAAUUCUAAACUGAUACUAAAGUACUUGAUCUUGAAUAGUGUACUCGUUUGCAGUACUUGAUACAGGUGUGUAUCAGUUACAAAGUAGCUGAUAGAUACUCUGCAACCCACCUCUACUUCACGCUUAAACAUGGUAUCUCACAAACUGUUAUCUUGAAAGCAGAGACCACUCUCUAAUUAGUGCUACUGCUUGGGUAUCUUUCUUAAGUUUCAAACUACUUUGCAGACUCUGUCAUCAAACAUUGCAUUAUUUCACUUCUCUGAUAUAGUGCAUCAUGUAUUACUGCAUUUGGGAAGUUAAAGCCCGCUGACAACAUAGGCGUGUGAUUGCAUCUGGUACUCGCGUCAAUUGUCAAUGUCCUCGUGGUGCUCCUUGGGUUGCCUUCCACAGCACACCUCUCUUUGGGUUCCUAAGCAUCUGGAACUAGGCAUGCCUCGCGACUAGUCGUGGAGGAUUCGUGGGGCACUCAUUCUGGCUUUCCGCCAGCGAGUAGAACUCGCUUCCGCAGUACUCGCUCCGUCCCGGCAUGCCACAGCGAGUAGUAAACACUUCCGCAGUUCUCGCUCCCCUGUGGCGUAUCAGCACUUACCAGCAACCUCACGGAUGCAGCUGUGAAUGAUACUUGGGCAGCCAUUGCGCCAGUGAGUAACACUUGCCUCCACAGCACUCGUUCCCCCGGGCUGUGUUAGCAGACACCACCGACCUUGACAAUGCAGCUCGUCUCCUCACCAGCACAGGCAGUAGCAGUUGGUAGUCAGGCAGACAUCCACUUGCUCUUCGCCCUGAGCAGCGACCAACGUCUCCAACUCGUGUCGGGGUCCAGGCAUCCGUCUGUCUGUACCAACAGUACGUCACCGCUGGGGCACACAAGCACCAUCGCUCGUGGUCAUUCUUGGCCGUGGCUACGUCUCUUCGCGCCGCACCUGCACAACUUGUUAAUUCGUACGGCAGCCUCACUCUGCACGCCCUGUGUCACUGAGCUUCGUUGACUUGUUGAUGAUGGUAGUGUGUCAGCACAGUCCGUGUAGGUCCUGGUUAUACCACGCCCGCUGACUUUUCUUCAUGAUUCUGGGUAGUUGACUGUUUCACAGACCUAGACUCAGGCCCAGGCACAUCAUCGCAAUGGAUCCACUAACCCCCAGUUAAGUUUUUAAAAAAAAGUGCAGGGGAAAACUGUUAUGUUACACGUUUGUAAUUCUGAUCUGAUAACUGCAUUAUGUAAAUAAUGCUAAAACAAUUUAAAGCAAAUGUAAAUUACAAUUAAAAUAUCUUAAAAAUGCAUUUAUACAAGCUAUUUACAAAAUCAGUUAUAAGCACUGCAGCCUAAUUACAUGACCUAACAGUGUAACUAAAGAGUAUGUAAAGUCCAAUAAAAACUUAACAGGGAGCUGACCAUUUAAAAAGUUCUUCAAAACUUUCACAGUGUAAGCUUGUAACACAUUGGAGAUUGUGUUCCUAAACUAUUGCACUGCCGUGCACACGUAAGGCAUUGAAUAGGAGUUGACUACAGUUGUGAUGUAAAUUAAACACAGCUUUUAUGAAUUUAAUCCCUCACGGUUAUAUUUAUGUAAAAGGUCAAUUUCAUACUACCGCUAAUGUUGUAAGUGCAUAAACUGUUGUAUAGCAAAACUCAAAUUCCUUCAUCUAAAAAGGUUUUCUUUGCCUGCUGCAGUAAUCCACAGAGUGUUAACUUCAAAAUACUUUCACCAUAACAACUUGUUACCACAUGUUUGCUGCUGUCUAAAGUGAAUGCGAAAGUUUACUCAAAGAUUUACGUAACAUAAAAACCAACCCUAAAUCCAAGUUCCUGAUAAAAGUUCAGUUUCUCAAAUAUGUAACUAUAAUCGUAAAGUUAUAAAUUUGACGUAUAUCACAGUAAUGUGAUUGCUGAAGUGGAUUUUUCUAGGGUACCUUUUCCUGGCUAUACCUUUUUUUCUGGAGGUGGUAGAGGAAGGAUAGCCAAAUACACUAAGUUGCCACUCAAGGCAGUAAGCAUCCCACAGUUGACCUUUUUCGCUUCCAUAGUUCGUAAAUUCACGGAGCUUCCCCGUGAGAGCAUGUUCCCAGUCUACUCCACAUGUCGACUGCCCUGGCGGCUGCUCCCCACUAUUUGAGCUGGAUUCGCGUGACACAUGCCAGUAGUCACGCUCCCAGCGGCUGUCCUAAGAAAUAACAUUACGUUGCCGUAACUAAACCAUAAUAUAAAAAAUAAGACCUGUAAACUUAAAAAAUAAAUUUAACAAAAGAUUAAAUGAGCAUGAUUAUUCAAACAAAAUGUUGAUACAAAGUUAAAUUAAAAUAUAAGCACAGCGUACCUAUUUAAACCAAGGUACUUAA